AUGCGGCCGGUCUAUUGGUACGCGAUGUUUCUGCUGCAGCCUGCUCUCUACCUGGUCACAUGUGCAAAUUUAACCAGUGGUGGAAAAUCAGAACUUCUAAAAACAGGCAAUUCCAAAUCUACAUUAAAGCACAUAUGGACAGAAAGCAGCAAAGAUUUGUCUAUCAGCCGGCUGCUAUCACAGACUUUUCGUGGCAAAGAAAAUGAUACAGAUUUGAACCUGCGGUAUGAUGCCCCGGAAACUUAUUCUGAGCAAGAUCUCUGGGAUUGGCUGAGGAACUCCACGGACCUUCAAGAGCCUCGACCCAGAGCAAAGAGACGGCCCAUUGUGAAGACAGGGAAGUUUAAGAAAAUGUUUGGCUGGGGUGAUUUUCAUUCCAACAUCAAGACAGUGAAGUUAAACCUGUUGAUAACUGGGAAAAUCGUUGAUCAUGGUAAUGGGACGUUCAGUGUUUACUUCAGGCAUAAUUCGACUGGCCAAGGGAAUGUAUCUGUGAGCUUGGUACCCCCGACCAAAAUAGUGGAGUUUGACGUGGCACAACAAACAGUGAUUGAUGCCAAAGAUUCCAAGUCCUUCAACUGCCGCAUUGAAUAUGAGAAGGUGGACAAGGCCACCAAGAACACGCUCUGCAACUACGACCCUUCAAAAACAUGUUAUCAGGAGCAGACCCAAAGUCACGUCUCAUGGCUCUGCUCCAAGCCCUUUAAAGUGAUCUGCAUUUACAUUUCCUUUUAUAGUACAGAUUAUAAACUAGUACAGAAGGUGUGCCCUGAUUACAACUAUCACAGUGACACACCUUACUUCCCUUCAGGUUGA